CUUAAACUUUCGUCUAUUCAGCGGGAACCCCGACAGGACCGGUAUAUUUCUUUUCUCUCCAUCCAUACUAGGUUCCAAAUCGACACCCGUUGUCAUCCAGCUUGACGUGUGUCCUGCGUUGCGCAUGUCGGCCACGACCUGCGACAGGGACGAUCGUCGAUACUUAAAGCCCACCCUGACAUUUGCCUUUUAUCCGCAUUCCACCAUCUGUCCAGUGCACUCCAGCCCGGCGGCGACACCAUUUCCAUUUUGCGCAGGUCUCACGCCCACGCCGCCUGCGCGCAAACGUCUAAUUACUCAGUCGCUGCACCCCGACGGACCUGCGAGGUUUGUCCCCGUAGUGUCCCCGAAGGGUGGCAACCUCCUUUGCGAUUUCGAAAGAUUCACUCAAAAUCACGUCACAACCUGCCUCGCCGCUUCCUCCAACAGUCGCGAGUCCAACGCCGCGCCUGUUCCGCCUGAAGUGUGGAUUCCGAUUCAAACACCCAAACGUCGGGAAGCCGAGCAAGACUGUCGUUUCUAUCAUCAGCAAUACGAACCUCUUCCUCUACCAAACACCAAACCAGUCUUUACGUUGCCGCCUUGCUCGACCAUCUAGUGGAGAUUUCCCACCAAUCAUUGCGACUGUGUUCUGCAACGAUUGGUUGCGCCUGUGGACACUUCAUCCAAGUGACCCGAUUCGGCUUUCUACUACUCUUUCUAGCCCCUCUUAUCUGGCCUCCGCUUU